UUUAGUGCCGUAAUAUCGAGAAAUCUGCCCAAAUAUAUGAAUUCCGUUAUCCUCGCGUUUACCAAAACCGUUUGAACUUGAGUUUUGAAAUUUACAGUGAUAAUUGAUAAAAUAUGAGCAUUUUGCCCAAAAUAAAGCAAAAUUUUCUUAAAAAAUUCGACACGAAAAGUGGGCUGGAACCUGGCAACACGGGUAAAACUGCAGUUUUGGCUUUGAGGUUAGAGUUUUGCUCGAGCGGGAAAUUGUGAAAUAUUUUUUAAAACUGCUUUGCAGUGAGUUUUUGGUGUUUGCGCUCCGGAAAGUAACCCGUAUCCUCGUCGUUUGUUAAUCACAAAUUGAUCCCGCGAGAGAUGCGAACCGUAUCGUAUUUGUGAAGUGCAACAGUUCCCGAAUCCUGAAAAUCGCGAUGUCUUGUGUUUCGAUGAUUGUCGAACAGCAGCUUGCCAAGCUGUACUUUGUGCUCCCGGCAGACGAAAUAACGGAGGAAAAUGCGUCCGAAGACAUGAAAAUGGCAUACACGACCGCUCGGGAGCACCACGAUAACGAGGAGCUGCAGGAGUGGAUCAGCGAAGGGGCCUGUCUGAAGCUGAAAGAAACGCAGAUGACCAAGAAGCAUGUGUUUGUGUUUGAAAAGUUUUCCGGACCGGCCUUCGAGCGGGCUAACAAGGCGCAUUCGACCGUCAUCGGUCCCCGCUGUCUGAUCAGUUGUUUUAUGAGCAACGAAACAAUACCGCUUGGGAAGCAACCAGUGUUUACGACAGCCAUGCGAAACCUGACCGUGUGCAGUUCUGGCCUUAAGACGAAGGAGAAGGCCCAUAUAAGCCAGCUCGUGUACUACAUGGGAGGGUACUAUAUGGACGUACUGACCGGAAGUUGUACGCAUCUCGUGGCCUCGACGGUCAAAUCGGUCAAGUACGAGGAAGCGGCCAAGAUAAAGCUACCGAUUCUGCAUCCGGACUGGGUACAAGAUGUAUGGGACGUAAGCCAGACGCGCGAUGUGAACGCAACUGAUGCCUCCUUCAUGACGCGCCAUCGGUUACCGGUGUUCUAUUCGCUUACCAUCACUUCGACCGGAUUGUCGUUGCCCCGGAAGAACGAGAUCAAAUCACUGAUCGAAGCGAACGGUGGCAACUAUAUCGGAGCGUUCAAAUCGGAAAUCACUGACAUACUAAUCCUGGAUCGGUCCGGUCAGGGGACGGCCAAAUUUCAGGCGGCGGUGCGCAGCAAGAAGGAGUGCCUUACACCGGAAUGGAUCGUGGACAGUGUGACCGCUGGGUUCUCGCUGCCAAUACGCGGGUACGAGGUUAAAACCAUCAAAGCCUCAACACCGACAAAGGACGAUACUCGUACCGUCGCGACUGCUACCGCUGUCGUCGUUGCCGCUGAAACCACUGUUCACCGUGCACGCAGUUCCGAUUUCAAUCCAGACUGCACGGAAUUGUCGGAGAUAUCGCAUGCAAACUUUUCCGGUCGCAAUCUGACGAUCAACGAGAGCGUCAUGUCGAGUGCUGGAGGAAAAGACGACAAUGCGGUAAAAUCGCAGCCAAAGGGACGCCCAGUCGCUAAUGCGCAUCGUGCGGUGUUGCUUCGCAUGACCGUGCAGCAGGCCAAGAAGGCGGGGCCCUUACUGGACGGAUGUAGCGUGUACCUAAGUGGUUUCACGAGUGACGAGAAGGAGAAGCUGAACAAGAUCCUCAAUGCUCUCGGUGCCGUACGCUACGAUGAGCACUCGGCCACCGUUAGCCAUGUGAUCGUCGGAGAGCAGCUUGCCUCGGAGAUGAGCCAGCUGCGAGAUUCCUCGGCCCAUCUACUAACGCUCGAUUGGCUGGCGAAAUCUAUCGAGCAGAAACAGCUGGCACCGGAAGAAAGCACCGAGUACACAUUCCGCCCGUCCAGCAAAUCCGGCAUGGUGGAACGCGUCCCGGAACCACCGUCUCCUUCGAGCAAGCAAAAUCUGGAACGUCUCAACAGUGAUGUGUUCAAACGACCCAAGAUCCCCAAAUUUCGCCUAGACGAUGGCACGUCAACGGCAACUGCGAGCUCGGAAGAUGGAGCUGGCACAACCCAGGAACCGGGGCCACCUGCUGCUCCGGUGGCCAGCGCAGAACAGCAGUCGAUCAUGAUGCAGUAUCUGGAGGCUAACAAGGCUGAACGGCUACCACCAACCACCAGCCAGAAGGAUUCAAUCGUCGGUAUUCCGGUUCCCGUAGCAUCUUCGACUGCCCUUAGCAGCGGUAGUCAAUACGACGACUCGGAGCUAGAAUCGAAUGUAUGCUCAGACUUCAUGCUGGGCCUGACGCUAUUUGUGUUUGGGUUUCCCGAGGAGGAUGCGGUACGCAUUGUGUCCGAUCUGAGACAGUGCGGUGGCACGAUCGUCGACGAGAACUAUCACGAUGUGGUGGACUACAUCGUACUGCCAACGUCCUGCAUAGGAACGGUAGACUUUACCAUCCGUGGCAGGCAGACGGUUAAUUGUAUCUGGCUUGAAACGUCCAUCCAGGAGGGAGAGUGUCAACCGAUGGAGUACUACUACAAGCCGGUCAUCUACGGUGAGGAUGAUCCACGGCCACUCGAGGGGGAAACGCUUGUAAUCAGUUCGUACUCCGGUGCGGAGCGAUCGUUUCUCAUCCAGCUCGGUACCAUACUGGGGGCCUUCGUACAGGAGCGGCUUGUCCGCAAGGCGGCCCCACUGUUGGUGUGCAAAGAGGCGAGUGGUGCCAAAUACAAUGCGGCGAUUCAGUGGAGCCUGACCGUCGUUUCAGCCGAAUGGUUACGGGAAUGUGAUCGCCAGAAGCGACGCGUGGCCGAGAAUCCAUUCCUUGUGGGCGAUUCGGUUUGUUCGCCAAAGAACAUACCGGAUGCUGGUGGUUGCCUACCUACCACCUCUACCGAUGAACUAGAUUUGGAUACGAUGCGCGCAGAGCUUAUACCACCGGAUCUAACAGGUUUUGGCACUCCGACGGGGGGCUCUCGAAUGCGCUAUCCAUCGAAAACACCUCAGAUCACCACAACAACCGAGAACAUACCCGCGGAACGUACAGCGAUCAGCGGACAAUUCCGGUACAUUACGGAGAAGAAGACGAAAGACGAUCUGAGUCUCCAGUACGCAUUCAAUCGCCUCUCGACACCGGAACUUCGAAAACUGUCAUCCGCGGAAAGGAUGGCGUACUCGCAGGAGUUGGACCAAUACGAUGAGUUGAUCGCUGCGGAGCGUACCAAAAGGAAGCCAUUUGAUGCCAAUGAUACAACCGGUUGCAAUACUCCUUCUUCGGAAAUGGAUUCUCCGGCAAUGCCGCGGAACAAACGCCUGUCGACGUUACUUGCAGUGGGUGCAGGAGCAGGUGAAUCCCCAUCGUGCAGCAGCGCUCAGGGAACACCGGUAAUGGUCGGCGAGUGCGAAGCCUUGAGCGUAACGCAGCGGGUGCAAGAGUUCGAAACUCCUGUUCGAGGUGUGCUCUACCGUGCGCUGAAGGAAGCAGAGGAAAAUGAUCGGAAGCUAACGCCCCGGACACGGCGCAUGCAGGAGCUUCUGGCAACACCUGCUCCUGGUGGAGCGGGUACGGGAAGCUCCACCGGCCACAUCCGUACACCGACGCUACCCGAUUGUAUGACGAAACCGGUCACACCAUACGGCUAUCGACCGGAUGCAAGCCCGGAAAAUCAUGCCUAUCACAAGCGCAAACUACAGCACUGGGAUCGUUUCUACAAGGGUAAACGGGAACAGGAGGGUGAGGGUGGUACACCGACCGAAGACGGAACGCCAUCACAACAGAACCGACGCCUCAGUACACCGCUGAGUGAGUUCAAGCGUCGGUUUAACCGCCAAAACUUCGGGGAAGAGUAUGUCAACCAACUCGAAUCACGGUACAACACGCAAUAUCAGGGACAGCAAGAGCUGAACUCCACGAAGCGGCAGAUGGCGGACAAUGCGGAGGAGGAAAUAGCGGAAACACAAGCCUCACCACGACCGAAAGCCACCGUUCCAUCACAAUCUCGCAACCUCGCUUGUCAGGACCAGGAAUCGGUGUCGGUAUCUGCUAGGCAAGAGACCGCUAAAGGCGCCAAUGUGAGUGCGGAAAAACGAUCCAGGCGGGCGAUGGAAGAAGAGGAAGAUAACCAGCGUGCGGUGGUUGCGGUUGAACCGGAUGAGCACGUGCGAAAGUUUAGCGAUUUCAUAUCGGCCACACGCGAUUCGGCUAAGAAGAAACCAAAGUAUCACGCGGAUACCGAGGAACCGGCAGGAGCACCCGUAUACACCGAGCUAGAAGCUUACGAUUCCGAGCUUCCGGGUGUCGGCGAUGUCGUUUGGUGCGAUCGUGGUGUCGAAAAUGUUCAACCGGAAGAAGCACCUUCGCCGCAUUCGGGUAGAUCCAGCCACGAGGAAAUCGCACGAAGCAACGACUCUCGACGCGAGAGUGUCGAGUUGUACGAUGCAUCUAAACGGAUGAAGCACCGUGGCACACCGCUGUUUGCCAUUUCCGGUGUUUCAGAGGAAACGCGUCUACAGCUGGUGGAGCAGAUUAGACAGUUGAAGGGUGAAGUGGCCGAUCUGAGCCGGUACGAUCCGGCCUGCACGCACGUCAUCAGUAGCCGUCCGAAUCGGGGCGAGAAGACACUGUCCGCCAUCGCUGCCGGCAAGUGGGUACUGUCGACGUCAUACAUCGAAGACAGCUUAGAGAACGGGUUCUUUUUGGAUGAGGAAUCCUACGAAUGGGGCAAUCCGAAGGCGGUCGCGAACCUACCCCAGCUCGACUUGGCCAGUGACAUCGAAACCGCGACGGCAUCGUACACCUGGCGCAAGCGGAUUACCACCGAUGGUGGGAAACGGGAUGGUGCGUUCACCGGAUACCGUGUGCUGCUAGUGCCUGCGCGUAAGGCUACGCUGGUCCGGUUGCUGCAAUCGGGUGGUGGCUACGUGCUGGACUGCGAACCACCGUUCAUCAAUUCGGAACAGGCGAUGACGGCCACGCAUUGCUUUGUCGACCGCAAGGCGACACUGUCGAGCGAGGAUCAGCAGGCGCUGGGCGAGGCCGGCGUUUCCGUGCUCUCCAUCAUGUAUCUGAAUGCGUACCUAACGUCCGCGAAGCUGCCCACCGAGAGCGAUUUCCGUCUGCCCGCUUAAGGAUUUGUGUGCUGGCUUUUUAUAAAAAAAAAACAUAUUAUUCAGGU